AUGUCCAAUAAAGAUUUACAGGAAAAGUGCUCAGAAUUGAACAUUCCAGUGGCUCAAAGAACUGCUUUCAAAGAAAUAAUCGCAGUUGCCACAAAGAAAGACGUUAAGGGUCGUAGGUACACGGAGGAGUGGAUCAUGCUAUGUGUGUUCAUGCACAUCCGCUCACCGAGCUGUUACGAAUUUUUAAGAAAGAAUAAUGUUGUCCCGCUACCGUGCGUUCGUACGAUCCGCAGUUAUUUCUCGUUGAUUAACGUGAAAUGCGGUUUCGACAAGGACUUCUCGAAACUUCUUCAGAAACAUUUUGAACAUAAAACCCUUCUGCAGCGCCACGGUGUGCUUCUUUUGGACGAGAUUAAUUUGAGAAGAUUUAUCGGAGUGUGCGCGAAGAAUCUCACUUACGUUGGAUUAACAGACUUCGGCGAUGACGGGCCACAAUCGACGGACAUCGAAGACCAGGCGACGCACGGUCUGGUUUUCAUGUUCCAACCUGUUGCCGACAAGCAUACCCAGCCUAUUGCAGUUUUCGCAUCAAAAAAUCCUGCAAAAGGGGAGCAACUCGCCAUGUUAGUGAUAAAAGCCAUUGUGUAUCUCGAAAAGAGCGGAGCUAAAAUUCACGGGGUCAUUGCUGACGGUGCAUCAACGAAUAAAAAGAUGUGGUCGUUAUUGGGCAUCAUGGGCUCCAUCGAAAACACAAAAACAUGGUUUAGCCACCCAUUGGACAGCGAACAUCAAUUCAAAGGAUGGCUACAUCCAAUGGAAGUUCUUUGA